UCGGGGCCGCAGAGAGCCCUAGGGAGACGCUUCCGGGAGGAAGGGCCCUUGGCCUGUGUCUCUAAGGCUGCCAAGCCGUUUUCCUGGGGGCCUGGAAGGACAAGAGGAACAGGGUGCUGCCAGACCAUGGGUGCCAUCUUUUUCCAAGUCGGCCUGGGUCAUCUGUCCUGAGAUUAUGAGGCUCUGGCCUCUGCCAGCUGCUUGCCUGUGACUUCCUCCACCACAGUGGAACGCCCCAGGCCCACCUCCUGCCGUGUGGUCAUCUACCUGCAGCGGGAGAUGUCCGGAGACACCUGCCUGGCUGGCCUGUGCCCAGCCUCAGGGUCUAAGCCCAAGCCAGGGGGCUUCAAGGGUGGUGGGAUGGGCAACAAAUACAUCCAGCUCAACGUCGGGGGCUCCCUGUACUACACCACCGUGCGGGUGCUCACCCGGCACGACACCAUGCUCAAGGCCAUGUUUAGCGGGCGCAUGGAGGUGCUGACUGACAAGGAGGGCUGGAUCCUCAUAGACCGAUGCGGGAAGCACUUUGGCGCCAUUUUGAAUUACCUCCGAGAUGACACCAUCACCCUCCCCCAGAACCGGCAAGAGAUCAAGGAGCUGAUGGCAGAAGCCAAAUAUUACCUCAUCCAGGGCCUGGUGGACAUGUGUCAGACAGCAUUGCAGGAUGAGAAGGACUCAUACCAGCCCGUGUGCAACAUCCCCAUCAUCACAUCCCCAAAGGAGGAGGAGAGACUCAUCGAAGCCUCCACUAAGCCUGUGGUAAAGCUUCUCUACAACCGGAGCAACAACAAAUACUCCUACACCAGCAAUUCUGAUGACCACUUGCUUAAGAACAUCGAGCUGUUUGACAAACUGUCUCUACGCUUCAAUGGCCGCGUGCUCUUCAUUAAGGACGUCAUCGGAGAUGAAAUCUGCUGUUGGUCCUUCUAUGGCCAAGGCCGGAAGUUGGCCGAGGUGUGCUGCACCUCCAUCGUCUACGCCACAGAGAAGAAGCAGACGAAGGUGGAGUUCCCAGAGGCCCGCAUCUAUGAGGAAACACUCAAUGUCCUGCUCUAUGAGACACCACGAGUCCCUGACAACUCUUUAUUGGAGGCCACAAGCCGCAGCCGGAGCCAGGCUUGCCACGGCGAAGACGAUGAGGCCUCUGAAUUACGAGAGCGAGUCCGCCGCAUUCACGUCAAACGCUACAGCACUUAUGACGAUCGGCAACUCAGCCACCAGUCCUCCCAUCGCGACUGACGGCGCCUCAGGGCAGUGGGGCCCACACAGCCUAGGUUCCCCUUCUCCCUGGCGCACCCAGACCAGCAUCACUUGUUGGGCGAGUGUACACCUUGACCCUCAGGGGUGGGACAGAGCCCCCAGAGAGGCUGAGGGGGCAGGAGGGGGAAGGACCUUCGUCAGGAGGACUGGGCAUAGUUGGCACUGUUCCGCAGCUGCCUGGUUCCCUGCCUCGAUAGCCCUACGGCAUUGUUCUGCAGGUCACAGCCUUGCAGCCUGGGGAUUAGCGUCUGCGAGCUCUUACUGAGGAGACCCUUUCAUGGAUCUUCUUGCCCUUCACAAGUUUGGGGGUGGGGGUGGGGCACUGCAUCGUGGCCUAUUUCUGGGGUCAGGAAGGGGCUGAGAAUUCAGUUCUAGGGAUGGAGAGGCCCUGGGCAGUCCCAUGACUGAGCAGCCCCUUCAGAGAGGGGAAGGGGGCAGGAGACCCCCACUCCCCUUGGUCCUCUUCGGUCAUUAGUGUAGUUUCUUCAGAAUACUUUGUAUUCUUCUGCAAAAAGAUGCCAGCCCUGAUCCAUCAGAUUCUCACCAGAGAAACAAGGUUAAUCUUCCCAUGUUCUCCUUUUUUUCCAAACCUACUCCUGCCCCUUCUCCCAGGAUCCAGUUCUUGAGAGAAAAAGCAAGGAAAGGUCGGGCUUCAUUUUGGAUGAAAUAAGCAAGGUGGCUGGCCUGUAGCUGUGAAAAUGGACGGCAUGCUCAGACUGCCCAGGGCCUGGGAAAUCUGAGAAAAGGCUAAGUUCUCAGGCUGCCAAAAGUAGUAAGUCCAGCUGGAGAAUCUGGCGACUUAGCCCCACAAACACUGAAUUGGGCAGCAUUGGUGGCUUUAGGAAGCAGGCGCCCCACUUUGGCCUUAGUGGAGCAAUGAUAUGUAAAGGAAGGGCCCGAGUUCGGCCCCUUUGACUGGGUCACUUAGCUCAUGAAAUCUUUGCUGCCCAGGCAUGGGAAUUCAGACAGCUUCUCUUCAGGGCUGCAGGCCUCCCGUUCCCCACCUGGUUUAGCAUGACCUUCAGAAAGCCUUUUCAGAAUUUUUUCCCAGAAGAAUGUGCCUAUUGUGAAAGAAGCCAAUGCCUUCUUCCUCCCAGGUGACAGGCGUUUUCCAAUCAGUUCAUUCCUCUCAACAAUUGUUCUGCCUAUGUUCUACUUCUCUAAUCAACUGUGGCUUCUAGGAACCCAAAGGAAGGUGGCAUUUGUUUCUUAGUUCUUUUUAUUUUCAGAAUCUUGAAUGGCACCUUCCCAGCCAUCUGCUAAUUCUCCUGCCCUUCAUCAGGGCAGGACACCUAAAUUCACCUUUCUUUAGCCAGUUCUGCCAAGCCAGACACUUGGGAUCUUUUCAAGUCUGGUCUGAUUUUGCUAGAGUUGUCAGUGUUCCCACUCCUUUAGCCUUUAAGGUGAAAACCCUUUUAACAGGAGGUAGAAGACCCUGGGCUGGGGUGGGGGUGAAGGGAUCUGCAGAGUCAUAGAAUGGCCUCACCCUCUCUAGCCUUUCUCACAUAGAACUGAAGACGAGUUACUGGGCAUUAUCUUAUGUUGCCCUAGAUGAGACUAUCAGAAAACUUGGUCUGUUGACAUGCCCACUGCUGCUUUUACACGAAACACUAUAGCUAUAGGCAAAGUAGUUGGAGAAUUUCCUUUAGAAGACACUAACUCCCCAUUCAGAAAAUAGAGACCUAUUUUUCAAGUGUUCACCAGGAAAUCCUUAAGUCACUCAUCUCUUAGCUGUGGAAACUUUGACUUCAGCAGCCAGAGCAAAUGAAAAACACAGGUUGGAGACAAUCAGUUACUGGCUGGCUGCAGAAGCUGCCGCCACAGCCCUCCCCUACCCCUACUCCAGGUAGCUCUGGUGUUUGUUUUGUAUAGCACUUUUGAAAUGACCGUCCUAUCUUUAAGCUGCUGUUUGUGUUCAUUUUUUAGAUCAGAACUGAAUGACUUUCCCCUGACAUACACCAGGGUGUCAGGAGAGAGCGCUAUAGGUGUGCUAUGGUGGUGGCGACAGAAGCUCGGGGGGAACUGAUCUUUUCCACCCCUAGAUACUGGGCCUGGAGCUCCAGACCCCCGUUUGGGCAGUUUAACUGCAAGCCAGCUCCCAGCUCGGGCUAGGCUCUCCUUCCAUCUUGUACAAUCCAGCUGCAUCUGGCUCCAAGGGAUUCUAUAGUUCAGUUUCCCUUCUCUGCCUCAAAGGUCAGGUAGGCUCUUGGCUCAGUGAGAGCUUUGCUUUCCUCACUAACCUUUCACAUGGCAAUAUUCCCGCUCCCUGAUUAGCACAGGCAAUGGAAGCAAACACUAAUUUUUAAUAAAAUCCUGUUACGCUGUA